AUGUCUCUCAGCAAGCGAAAGAGGGAGGCCUUUUCCUUGCUUCUGAAGAAUGGAGGGGAAGACAUGAAAAGUGGUGAGGUCACGAUUCGUCAAGCGAGGUGCAGAGAAACAGCUUGCGCGACAGGGGUACAGGGACGGGCACGACACCUCCCUGCUCCGUCUGUACCUCUGGAUGCUCGGCACGGAGUUCUUGUAUCACCAAGGAGAAGCCAACGGCUGUUUGAUACCUACCGAGGACAGACAAGCACUACGGGCCCUCCAGAAGCGGAUAUCCAUUUAAGAGGGACUCUCGCAGAUCGUUCAGGAACAAGGUGUGGCGUCCAGGGCCCAAGUUUCCUCCCACCGCCUCCCAACGCAGACGACCCUUUCCGUUGCACGCGGUCUGACUGGAAACCCUAUUUGACUUUCUUCGACUUUUGGGCGACCGAGGAAUCGGAUCGGCUCCAUUCUGCCUCUUCUCCGAAUCCUUCACCUCAGUCUCCAUCUUCCAAGACGUCUCACCCACGGAGACUCGGUGACGAUUUCUCCUCCAGCGUCGAACUUGAAGCAUAUAUCUCCAAGCCAUCCCUUUACGAUCUCCAUCAUGAGGCAAUGGUGGAUGCCAUCCUCCGAGGUGACAUGGACCCAUCGAUCUGUUGCUCCUACGGGCAAUGCAAAGGCGACGUUGUCGUCUCUGUCGGAUACUGA